GAAGUAGAAGCGUUCAAUUGAGUUAAAAGCCCGGCCAGACAGCUUUGGUUGGGAAGGUCGGAAGACAGUGGAGAAAAAGAAAAUCGGAGGAAAUGGCAACUAGGGCUAGGGCUCGAAGUUAUCUCCCGAGUCCCUAAAUUAGAAAUCAAAGGUCAGUUUUCUUCGGUCCUUCUUCUUCUUCUUCCUUUCUCCAAUUUCAUUCAAUCUCACUGUGCGUUUUAGAACCCUAGUCUCUAUUAUCAAAUCAACCUUAGAAAAAGAAACUAUCAAAAUAAGGGAAAAGAUGGCAGCGACUAUUGACGGAGAUGAGAGGGUCAUGGCUGCAGCUCAACAGAUUGUGAAAAGCUUAGGCACUCCAAAGAACGUUACGGAGGACAUGAUUUUAAUCCUCUCCAACUUCGAUAAUCGCCUCUCUACCAUCACCGAGUUACUUUCUAAAGGCGGUGGAGGUGCCGGUCGUAGCAAGACUGAAGAGAGACUCGAAGCAGCUGAGAAGAUCGUCCUUCGCUGGAACUCCAACUCCGACACUCCUCGCCACCACACCUCUCCGUGGGAGGAUUCGCCCGAUGAGGCCGCUGCUUACCUCUCAGCUGUCGAUGAGAUCCUCCAGUUGACUGAGGAUCUCACGCUGUCAUCGGACGGUGAAAUUAUGGACCACGCCGAGAGCGUUCUGCAGCUGGCCAUGUCGAGGCUGGAGGAUGAGUUCCGCCACAUCCUGAUACGGAAUACUGUCCCUCUUGAUGCCGAGCGGCUUUAUGGAUCAAUCCAUAGAAUUUCCCUUUCCUUCACCUCCAACGAUGGAGACAUUGAGGACUUCGAGAGCUCUGCCGAGGAUGAACAUGAGAGCUGCAUCGAGGAGAGAGGGGGAAGUUUAGGGGACGAUCUCUGUGUCGAUUUGAUUCAUCCGGAUGCCAUUGCUGACCUCAAAGAGAUUGCGGAUAGGAUGAUUAGGUCGGGGUAUGAGAAAGAGUGCUGUCAGGUUUACUCUAGCGUCCGUCGCGAUGUUCUGGACGAGUGCUUAUUGAUUCUUGGCGUCGAGAAGCUGAGUAUCGAGGAAGUGCAGAAGAUCGAAUGGAGGUCUCUGGAUGAGAAAAUGAAGAAGUGGAUCCAGGCUGUUAAGAUUGUCGUUAGGGUUCUCUUGUCCGGUGAGAAGCGGCUCUGUGAUCAACUUUUCGGUGGUUCUGAACUGAUCAAAGAGGUAUGCUUUUCUGAGACUACAAAAGGCUGCGUGAUGCAACUGUUGAAUUUUGGCGAGGCGAUUGCGAUUGGACGAAGGUCUUCAGAGAAGCUAUUUCGGAUACUUGACAUGUAUGAUGCUCUGGCGGAUGUUCUCCUAGAUUUGCAAUCAUAUUUUGCCGAUGAAUCUUGCAAUUUCGUGUAUAGCGAGGCACGGGAAAUACUGUCUAGGCUAGGUGAGGCAGCAAGGGGCACAUUUUCUGAGUUUGAAAAUGCCGUUCAAAGUGAAACGUCCCGGAAACCAAUCCAAGGUGGUGAGAUUCACCCACUUACGCGUUAUGUGAUGAAUUAUACAAGGUUGCUUGUCGAUUACAGUGAUUCACUGAAUUUACUUCUAGAAGGCAGUCCAGAUAGCUCAGGUCGAGUGGAAGGUGAUAAUAAUGAUGCCCUGCAAUUAGGCAGCAUAUCUCCAUUAGGUCAUCGCUUGCUAUCAUUAAUUUCAUCUUUGGAAUCAAACCUUGAGGAAAAGUCGAAACACUAUGAGGAUGCUGCAAUGCAAUACAUAUUCUUGAUGAAUAAUAUACUAUACAUAGUACAAAAAGUGAAAGAUUCUGAACUUGGCAAGCUCUUGGGAGAUCACUGGGUCCGUAAACGUCGUAGCCAGAUACGGCAGUAUGCCACAGGUUAUCUUAGAGCAUCUUGGAGCAAAGUAUUGUCUUGCUUGAAGGAUGAAGGUAUUGGGGGCAGUGGGAGCUCGAGUAAUGUAUCCAAGGUGGCUCUUAAGGAGAGAUUUAAGAACUUCAACUUGGGUUUUGAAGAGAUAUAUAGGAACCAGACGGUAUGGAAGGUCCCAGAUCCUCAACUUCGAGAAGAGCUUCGGAUAUCUAUAUCGGAAAAGGUGAUUCCAGCAUAUCGCUCAUUUAUGGGAAGGUUUGGCAGUCAUCUAGAGAGUGGAAGACAUGCUGGAAAAUACAUAAAGUACACACCGGAGGAUCUAGAGAACUAUUUAUUGGAUUUGUUUGAAGGAUCACCUGGUGUCCUGCACAAUCCAAGGAGAAAGCUUAGUACAUAGCAGAUACUGUUCAUGUAAUAGGUCAGCACUCUCUAUUCGCAUAAGACUUGUUGGGAAUUCAGAUUAACUGCUGACUUCUAGCUCUGAUAAUUUGCUUUAUUCCUUGUUAUUUUAAUGUUAUAAGCACAGGAUAUCAGGAUACAUGGCCAUACUCUAUAUAUACUGUAAUAAUUAUGUACAUGUAAUAUAAAUCUUCUUGAGUGUGAACACUUGCAGGUUUCCAUGAAUUUAUUGUUGUGAAUUGCAACCAA